GGGCGGGGGCACGCUUCGGCAGCUUACCGGCUUUUUGUCUUUGUGCCCGUGUCCUGCAGCCACCAUGCUGCGCCUCCCUGCACCUGCCGCGCUGCGGCUUGGUGGCUGCCACUCCUCGCCGCGCCACUGAAGGAAAAAGAACAGGAGGAGGAAGCAGCGAAGAGAAGGUUGCCCGCCCGCCCGCCGUCUCAUGCCGCGGCCCCGACCUGCCGCCGGCCCGGCGACCUGCAUGGACGGGCAUGGGGAGAACCGCGCCUUCCCGCGUCGGCGGGGCUGAGCCGUGCCGCCGCCGCGGACCACACUGGCCGUCGCUUGCCACCCUCGGCCUCCUCGCCGCCCUGGGGCAGCUGCUGGGCUCAGGUGACUGCCAUCUGCAAACACCUUGUGGAAUCCAGAAGUGCACCACUGACUUUGUAACUUUAACUUCACAUCUAAACUUGGCCACUGGGGGCUUUGAUUUGGAGUUCUGCAAGGCCUUGCGAGCAUACUCUGCCUGUACCUACCGCAAUGCCAAAGUAUGCCGUGGAAACCUUGUCUAUCAUUCAGCAGUGCUUGGAAUUGGUGACCUCAUGACUCAGAGGAACUGUUCCAAAGAUGGACCCACAUCCUCCACCAACCCUGAAGUAACCCAUGAUCCUUGCAAUUACAAUGGGCACACAGAAACCACAGAACAUCAAGGAGGGGAGAAGAAUCCUCCUACUUACCUAUUUUGUGGCUUGUUUGGUGAUCCUCACCUGAGGACUUUCAAGGAUCACUUCCAGACAUGCAAAGUGGAAGGUGCUUGGCCCCUCAUAGACAAUAACUACUUGUCAGUGCAAGUGACCAAUGUGCCUGUGGUCCCAGGAUCAAGUGCAACUGCAACAAAUAAGAUAACUAUUAUCUUUAAAUCGUAUCAAGGCUGUAUAGAUCAGAAAGUAUAUCAAGCAGUGACUGGUGACUUGCCUGCAGCUUUUGUUGAUGGUACAAUAAGUGGAAGUAAUGAGAACACCGAGAGCUUGCAAAUUGUGGAGAAAGUCGGUGGCAAAUACAUUGAAAUGCAUGCCAGGUAUAUUGGGACCACGGUGUAUAUACGCCAGCUUGGACACUACUUAACAUUAGCCAUUCAGAUGCCUCAGGAGUUGGUGAUGGCCUUCGAGGAGAGCCAAGAUCUGCAGCUGUGUGUGAAUGGUUGCCCUUCAAGUGAACGUAUUGAUAAUAGUGGCCACUUACCAUUGCCUGUGAUGGGGCAGUUGCUCUCUCAGGGUGGUACUGCUCAUCCCUGGUCAGUGUACACACUGGAAGCUGCCACCACCAAAUGCCACGAGAAGAUGCUGGUGAAGGACAUCUAUUUUCACUCAUGUGUAUUUGACCUACUCACCACUGGUGAUGCUAACUUCACAGCUGCUGCUCAUAGUGCCUUACAGGAUGUGGAGGCACUGCACCCCAGAAGAGAGCACUGGCAUAUCUUUCCCAGCAGUGGAAGUGGCAGUGGGGGCACAGGUAGCAAGUUCUUUGUCAAUCUUGAGCUCAUGUGCUUGAUCCUUGUUGUGUUUUUGUAGGGAUUUUUGGCUACAAGAAAGUUUUAAAAUAUAUAUUGUCAUAAUAUAUUGAGUAAAGAUGAAUAUAUGUAUAUACCAUGUAUAUGAAGGGUUGUUCUGUCUUAGGACUCCCACCAGAUUGUACAUAUUGUGUUAACAGUUUUCAUCUAUGUUUGAUGUAGUAUUCUUCAUAUGUAUUUGAUUUACAAUUGAUGAAAUGUUUUAUCAUGUCCCUGCAUUGGGACCUGAUAGAAAGCACUUUAUUUUUUUUAUAUAUUAAAUAUUUAUGUAGGUGUCUGAGUAACUAUGUAUUAUACACAUAAACAUGCACAUAUAAUUCUCAGUGGUCCCUCUAAAUACAUGGUUUAACAGAUUUUUAAAAAUUGGGUUAAUUUAUGUGUUUUUCUACAAUUUGUCUUAUUCUUAGAGACAGUAUGUCUCAUGUCCUGUAAUGAGACUGGUGAUUUGCUGGGUUCACUAGUUAAAAUAAUUAAUAAUGGGGUUGUAUUCUGUCCUGUAAAGAGAUGACCAUCCUUUUUUCGGAGGGAGGGAGUGAAGUGAUUCACAAUAGCUGAGGUGACUAUCUUAGAUAACACGAAUUACAGAAUGUUUUUUGUAAUUCUGACAUUUCCUAAAUUCAUGGCAUGAAUUUCAAAAGAAGAAAAAGGAAUGCAUUGAAGUGAGACUUAUGUAGCUUUAUAGAGCUAGUGUAGAAGUUAAUUUAAAAAUUUAUUAGUGGUCUAGUUGUGUGUAAGUAUUGCAGCUACUUCAAACCUCAAGGGUUAAGUUAUUCUCCAAGGUGGACUGGAGAAAUAACAACCCUAAGUUGUGGCCCUUGCUUAGGUGCUAAUUCUGUAUAUGCAUUCAGAAGGAGGAGACUGCAGACUCCAGGUACUUUGCUGUGAGGAGCUAGAAGAAUGAUUUGGUGGCCUGAAGGUUGGUUUUAGUUAGUACCUUAAUCUGCUGCAAGAAGUGGAAGCUUUAAUACAUGUUACAAUAAAUUGACCUCCAGCUGAUUUAAUUCCUAGAACUACUCGUCUGAGAAUGGACUGGUAUGUUAGAAAUCCUAUCUGUAUAAGACUUAAAUAACACUUGCCUUUGUUAAGCAAACUUAAGCUAGUUUGCUUGGUGGAUAGAGAUGGAGCUUACUCAUGGAAUGAAAGGUCCAUAAGUCUCCAUAAGGAGACUUUUGGCUAUGUUAGGGACUUUUGACUGGUAAGCAGUAGCCUUCUCAAAACAUAGUUAAUUCCCUGUGUGGUUGGGUAACUGCAUAAAGGUGUUCUGUGAAACCUUGACAUGAAAAUAGUCAGAACUGAGUUAAGGCUGAAAGUAAAAUUUUAUGUUAGUCUAGACUAUUGGCAACUUGUUCUGUCUAUGCUGUCUGAUGAUGCUGUUUCAGGUGAGUUAGACUGGAGGAUCUAUGAUAAGUCUGCUAAUGUGACUACUGUACAACUCCAACUAAGGCUUCUCUUUAGUUUGUGACGCUGAACUUUGUCAGUGCUCUGAAUUAAAAAUUCUCAUGGCUGAAAGGUCAUGUAUAAACCUAGUAUUGCUUGCAGUGGUGCACGUUGUUAUUGGGUAUGCACCAUACACUAAUUUACGUGGGUCCUGUAUGUAUAUGUUGGAUAUAUGUAUAGUAGCAUUGUGUGAUGAGCCUCUCACGUAAGUAAUAUUUUCAGAAAUGUAGUAAUUCCCCCUGUGAAUUCAGUUUUCUUUUUCCUGCUGUAAGAUUUCUGGAGAAAAUUUUAUUCUCACAUGUUCAUUCUUGAAGUCUGCUCUUUUCAAGAGAGCUUUAGUUAAUGCCAGACAUGGAUAUUUUGAAGCCAGUCAGUGGUCUCUGGAGAGAACUUAAGCUUAGA